AUGCGCUUCCGUACCCAAUUAAAGAAUACCAGGACCUUCUCCAAAUUGACCGCGUCCCUCUCGUCCCUGGGCAAGGUAUGCUGGAUGCGCCUGGAGCACGAUGUGGUCCGCUUCACCAUCAUCCCAGACCAAGGCACACAAGUAUGGGCCCAAAUCCCAGUUGACACAAUCUUCGACGAAGACUCAUACCAAAUAGAAUCCAACUCGGACGCAAUCAACAUCGAAAUCAACGUCAGCGUGCUAACCCGCGCUCUACGCUCCACAUUCGGCGCUUCAUCAUCCCAGCUCCGCCUCACUAAAAAAGACAAGAUGCCUCUCCUGGCACUCACAGUGCUCACCACAGAAUGGACAGAAGGCAACAUGGCGCUCGCCACCGACGGAGCCGAGCCAGGACAGGGCGAUGUAACCGGAGACCGGCGCGCCCGCGAACGGGAAACUUGGAUUACACAAGAAAUCCCAAUCAAGAUCCUACAUGAAUCCGCUGUGGAAGGCUUGCACGAACCACACUGCCCAGAUCCCGACGUGCACAUUAUCCUGCCCGGUCUAGCGCAGCUGAAGAGUAUCUCAGACCGGUUCACGAAUCUUGCGUCUACAGAUAGCAAGAAUCGGCAACCGGGGAUAAUGGCUAGCGACGGGCCGAAUGCGUCAGCUGGUGCUGGGGCUACGGCUUUGUCGGCGAAUACUGCGCCAAAGCUGGAGUUGUCAGCGAAUAUGCAUGGCAAGUUGAGGCUGGUCAUUGCGACGGAUGAGUUGAGGAUUGCGAGUGUUUGGUCCGGGCUUGUUAAUCCGCCAUUGGAUCCCGCCCAUAUCUCACAGGAGCAGUAUUCACAGCUGCCUAGUGAGAGGAUGAGGGGGGUUGGGGAUGAUGAUGAGUCGGGGUGGGCCAAGGUGCGGAUUGAUGGGAAGGAUUGGAGUCGAGUUUUGAGUGUGGGGAGACUUAGUCCGAAAGUUGUUGCUUGUUUCAUCAAUGAGAUGGCACUCGUACUUUAUGUCUAUCUUCCGGGCAGCUGGAAUGGCGAAGAGUCUUGCCUCACUUAUUAUAUUAAUUCCUUCACGACUUGA